GCUGGGGCCACCUGACGGGAGCGACGGAGGCGGAGAUGGGGGAGGCGGCGGAGCGAGGGCCGCCGCCGGGACUCUUGCGGCAGCGCUGGGGCUGACGGCGAUGCGCAGCACGUGCGGUGGCAGAGGCGGCGGCGCUGAUGAUGUUGGAGGAGGCGGAGUGCAGAUGGCAGCGCUGUGCGAGCUGGCGUCGACUUUGCUGUUGAGCGGAAGCACCCAGGCGUCCCUCAUCCUCCGUGAGAUGCGGGCACCGCAGCGCCUGCUACAGCUGGCGGAGGCGGUGUACGGGCGGCUGCAGCCGCCGCUGGAGCAGCAGAUGUACGACAGGGAGGCUGUAGCUGUACGGCGGUACGGGAGCGCUGCUGACGUCAGCGACUCAGAUCGAAACGCGCUGAUGGAUGCCGUACUGUUGUGUGUACGGCACGGCCCUUCACGACUGUGGCGGUCUGCCGUACGACAAGAUGACAAGCGCCGGGGGCCGUGCCGUCGCCGCCGCAUUGGGGAACAGGGGCCCGAGGCAGCCGGGCUCGGCAGCAGUGGUGGUGAUGACGGUGGUGGCUGUCAGGCAGAGAAUGGGCUUGCCGCGGUCCAGGCGGCGGCAUUGGUGGAGAUGCAGCAGGGGGCGAAGGCCUUCGCAGCCGGUGUAGCGGCAUUAGCGGUCGAUAUGCUGCUGGCCUCUUCAGGCAGCAGGGGCGGCAAUGGGGCGUACGACAGUCUGACUGCAGCGAUGUACGGCAGCAGGAUGUACGGCACGACAUUACGUGGAAACGCGGCAGCGCUUGCGUCAGCUUUGGCGGAGUGGCCGCAGGUUGUUGUGCAAGGAAGGGGGUGGGAAACAGCGCAAGCUCCGUAAUGUUGUUGUCGUACCUCACAUGCAUUUAGAUUUUAGGAUUUGGCUGGAAUUGGAUGGCGAGGACUGUCUGCCGUACAACGUCCCGAAUGCUGCCUACAGGUUGUGCUCCGUGACCCGCGGGUCAGUUGCGCCGCAACUGCGCUCCUCAAGCGGCUCUGCGAAGACGUGGGGACGGCUCUGGCGACAACCGACUGUCAACGGCUCAUCAUGGCGGCGGGUACGGAUGCCGGCGCCGAGAGGCGUGUCGUGGCUACCGGCGCCGCAGCCGCUGUACGAUUGUACGGGGCGUUGUACGGCAAGGCUGGCGAGGAUGCUGGUGCCGAUCAUGCGGUUGCGGGGGAUAUUGGCGCUUCCACGGGCGGAGAAGAGGCUGCACAUGCGGCACGGCCGCUGUUGCAGGGGCUCUUGCUGAGGCUGCUGGAUGCGGCAUGUGAGCUGAUCCGAGUACGGAAUUUCAGUACGGCAGCUGAGAUCUUGAGGGGGAUGCUGCAAGCAUUGCUGCCGCCCUCUUUGAGGCCGCUGGUGUUGGUGACGAGUGGCGGUAACGGCGGCGGUGGCAGCUGCACCUCGGGCCAGGCAGCGGCUGCAGCCCCCGCGACAGCGGCGGAGAAGGAGGAGGAAGAACGCCUGGGGACGCAGUUCGGAUGGAACAGUAGCAGCAGCAGCGGCAGCGACGGCAGCAACUUUCUCCUCCUGCGCAGUCUCGGUCAGGUGACGGCGGCCCUGGUUGCGGGGCUCCUAGUCAGCGGCGGCCUGGCAUCCACUCCCUCAACCCCUCCUGCCCUGCUGCCGCGAGACGUACGACAACCGCUUGCCGUACACCUCGAUGAGGGUGCUGAAGCAGCCACCGAGGGACCGAUGUGGGGCGAGAAGCAGCAGGGUUAUUACUACCAUGAUGAUCAGCAAGCCUGGGGUGCUGCAAGCGGCAGCGGCAUGGCAGGCACCUACAACGACAGCAGCUCUGGGCGCUCUUCGCUGCAGUAUCAGGGACAGGGACAGGGCGGCAGCAGGAUGCAUGGCGCGUUGCGGGAGCGGCCCGUGGACGCGCUGGCAACGGACGAGCAUGCGGCGUUGUGUACGGCGCUGCGGGUCUGGGGCGGGCUGAUGGGGCAACGGCAGGUGUGCACGUGCAGGAGGGAAGGAGGGGGAGCUACGGCUACGGCUGGCGUGCUUGGUCAUCAUGCGGAGGCGUGCGACGCGUGCGCAGUUCGGCCAGGGGGUCCUUUGCUGGCUGUCAUGGAAGCCGCUGAGAGCCUACUUCACGCGGAGGCUGGAUUGUUUUCAGGCGCGUGUACGGACACGUUUUGCACGAGCAGCGGUACGCCUCAGCUGUCGUACACAUCAGUCGGCAUGCAGCUAGAUACCGGGCCGUUCGGAGCAGCCCAUGCGGCGGUUAUGCUUCAUGGCGGAUUUGAGUGCGGCACUGGCUUGGAGCAGCGCAGCAUACGUUUGCUAUCAGCGCUCAGGUUUGCCCUAACAGCUGCCAUCAAGACCAACCCUACUACUACUUCUACCUCUCCGACUACACAAGAAAGCGUCCCCCGCCCAGAUCGCUGUUCUCUUAGUCUGGACAAGUUGGAGCGGAUGCGGUGCCUGCUGCAACAGCUGGAUGGUACCGGUAUUCCCGACCUUACCAGACUAGGCUGCAUUAGCGGUGACUGGAAAGAGGACACCCCGCAAGACGUGGUUGGGGAUGAGGGUUUGGAACCGGCGGGUGCUGACGUGGCUGUUAGGGAGGAGGCGACCACUGCGGAAGAGCUGGCGGAGGCUGAGGCUAUCCUGGAGGAGUGCCUGGCGUGUAUCCGCACCGCCAGCAGUGGUGCCUCGUUGUCAAUACCCGCGUGGGAAUGAGGCUGUAAACCGCGUUGCUGUAACACGUAAGCGCUUUCCUUACCCAACCGCAGCUGGUAUCAGAUUAUGUAACCCCUCCGGAG